AUGGACCUCGACAGACUCGACAGACUUCGGUCCAACUACUCAGAUUAUGAAGCUGGCUUUGAUGCCGGUGUCGCCCCCACGCACGAUUCAAACUACGAUCCAGCCAUUGAUUCUCAUCGACAGCCAAAAGUUGAGACAUCGUUCCCUUCACCUGACAUGGAAAAGUAUAGUGCAAAAUAUCCAUUCAGCAUUAUUGACGAUACAUUCUCCAAGAUCUCAUCCCGGUCUCCACCAAACUACAUGUGGAAUACUUUUAGCCAUGCGCACAUGGGGUCCUCUGCAUACCCUUCGCCAGCGCUGGACUUGGACGAGUGGAUUCCCAACACUACACCCUAUAAUUUUUUAUUAGUGGAUGAUAACGAGAUCAAUCUCCGAAUCUUUUCGCGCAUGCUUCAAAAGCUUUAUCCAAGAGCUAGUGUGGGCACCUUGCAAGAAUCCAGACAUCUAGAAACAACUGAGGCGGCCCUACUGCACUUUGACAUAAUUUUCCUUGACAUCGAAAUGCCCCAUGUAACAGGCACAGACAUUGCAACACGUGUACGCAGCUUGAGUGGCUUGGAUCACGUUGCGCUAGUGGCGGUGACAACAAGAUACUCGAGCCGUGACUUGGAGUUGUACUGUCUGGUGGGAUUUGACUAUACCAUCCCCAAACCUUUGGAGAAUCACAACUACAUCCAACGUAAGGUGGACCUGAUUCUUCGCAUGCGCAUGCCGCAAUAG